AUGGUGGAUACAGUGGAGAUAUGUGAUCGUGUUAAGAAUGCGUGCUUUAAUAACUACUAUAAUCUAAAUGACAAAAAGGAUGUAAACGAUGAAAACCGUAGAUUAGUUUUGUUUCUGAAUAUUGCUGAUUAUAUUAAUAUGCAGAAGGGUGAAGGUAACUCUGCUAGAAACGUGGUUUUUACCAUUGCUAAAUUGAUUUCUUCAUCUAAUGUAGAUCAGACGGUCAAAUUGAAUGCUAUAAAAUUAUUAGAUUUGCUGGUGAAAAAUUGUGGGUAUCCCGUUCAUCUUCAUAUAUCUAGAAAAGGGUUUUUACAAGUAAUUAACAAUCAAUUUCCCCCUAUUAGACAGACUGCCAUCACUGAAGACAGCAAUAAUAGUCAUAAUGAUCUUGGAAAGGGUAUGACGAUUUCUAAUAAUUAUUCUAUUGUGCAAUCAGAAUUAUUAAAGGAAUUAAAUAUAUGGUAUCACACAAUUUGUCAAUGGACCUCCUAUAAAACCGAUCUAGUCUAUAUUAAACAUCUUUAUAAUAUGAUUUUGGAUAAAGGUUAUUUAUAUCCACCCUUAAAUGAUAAAGAAUUGGCAAUUUUAAAACCAUAUUCAUAUAUGGAUGAGGAUAAUGAUGAUAAUAAAAAUAAUACAGCCAAUAAUAACAAUAAUAUGGUUAUGAAUAUAAGGUCAUUUGAAGAGUUUAAUAACGAACAAAUAAUUAUACUUAAUUCACAAAUUACUGAAUUACGAAGACGUGGUAAAGAAAAAGAUAUUAAAGCAUCCGAUAUCUUAGCUAAAAAACUGAAGAAAUUUAAAUCAAAUAAGAUUACUAAUGAGGCCAAGAAUGAAAUAUUGAAUAGAGUCAAAGAUUGGAACCAUAUUCUUCUUAAAUGGAAUCAAAAACUGGAUAAAUUACUUUUCAAAGAUGAUGAUCAACUUAAUUACCAAUUAACUGGUAUAGAGAAUAAUAAACUACAACAUUUUAUAGAUUAUUUGAAACAAGUACAAGAUAAGAUACAGGAUAUGUUAAUGGAAGACAUUAAUGAUGAGACAUUUAUUAAUAAAUUAUUUAUGUUCAAUGACACUAUAUUACGUUUUUUCCAAAGAGUCCAAUCGAAUCAUGAAAAGUUGUUGAAGAAGAUAACUAGAAAGAAAAACAAUGAGAUUGAAAGAAAUUUCGAGCCGAAUCCAAUCCAAAGUUCAUUAGAUGAUGAUUUGAUCAGUAGUACUAAGGAUAAUAAUAACGAUACUAAACAAAAAUUGAAUGAUAGAGUUGCAAAUACUGACAAGUUAAAAAUGACCAAUGUAAAGAUAUCAACGAAAAAAGAAUCAAAAUUCAUAGACAUGGAGAAAAGUUCUUGUCUAAAUAAUAACGAAAAAAAUACCAAUAGCGAUAAUGCCAAAGAUGAUGAAAAGAAAGAAAAAUUCAACAAUUCAUAUAAUGGUGGUGUUUGUUCUCCAAUAGGAAACAGAAUUACAAGUGAUAAAGAUGACAAAGCUUUAAGUACAAAAAUGAUUGAUAAAGAAGAGAAUAAAGGCAUUGUAGAACCGGUUAAUAAUGAUUUUAAUACACAAAAAGAAUUAAACCUUAACACAAAACCCAAAUUAGAUGUUCAAAAGACACCUCUUGGAUUAAUGUUUAAGACAAAACUAUCAAAUAACACACCAAUGAUAACAUAUGCCGUUAGCAAAGCCGAGACUAAUGGACAAUUCAAGUUUGAUGGCAAUGCAAACGAAAUCACUACACAUUUUAAACCAUUUUUGGAUAAUCCAUAG